CGUAGAAAAAGUCAACAAAAAUUCCAGCAGAAGUAAUUCCUGAAAUUCUGUCCAGAGUCCAGACUAUGUAUCACCCCAGAAUCUUAAAAAAAUCCCAAAUUUCUAACAAACACUUUUCUCAAUUUCUAUCUUCUCCUCUCCAAUGGCGUCGUCAUCGUCGGUGAUCUCUCUUCUCUUCCCACUACUCUCUCUCCUCUUCAUCUCCUCCGUUUCAGCGAGACCAGGUUUCCAUUUCCACCCUUGCAACACCCUCAUCAUCUCCACCUAUUCCUUUUCUGUCCUUCCUCAAAACCCUAACCCUAACCCUAACCCUAACCCCAAUUUCCGUCCUCAAUUCCUCAUCGUUUCCUCUGAUUUCCAUCAUUUUCGCCACCGACGAUUUCUUCCACUUAUGGUCAACCAUCAUCCCCACCUCGAUCGAAAAACCCAAGUUUUAGAAUCCCUUAAAGAACGCCCUGAGUCGUUUUAUUCUUCUUUUGGGUUUUCUUCAUUUAAAGAUAGAACUAAGGAUAUUCUUAGCGUUGUUGCUUCUCUUCUGUUUGGUGCUGCUUGUGGGGCUCUUACUGCUGGUACCAUGUAUUUGAUUUGGUCUCUUUUUAACCACCGAUAUGAGGGAUCUUACCGUUCUUUAGAUGGUUUUACUAGCGAUGAUGAUGAUGAUAAUGAUGACGAUGAUAUUUUUAACCCUAAGAAGAAAGGUUAUGUUACGAUUCCUGCUGCUCCUGUUAAGGAUGUUGAUUCCACCCCUGUUGCUGUCUCAGUUCCUGCCAAGGAGUCUGCGUGAUUUGGAGUAAAGAGAAUUUAUUUUGAUGUUUUUCGUCUUUUUUAGUAAUAUGUAAUAUAAUCUAUGAUGUAAUAUGAUGUUGAUCAAUUUCACUUGGUGGGAUUUUUCAUUUUAUCAAUGAAUGAUAACUUGACUGUUGAUGCUUAUGUUAUCCUAAAUACAAAAUAAAUUUACUGUUA